GACUCGUCUCCUUUCCUCAUCAUGUCCGUCGAUAGCAAGCUCCUCCGCGCCUCGGUUGUUCAGACAUGCUGCCAGGAGUACUCCCUUGACAAGACGCUUGACAAGCUCGAGGAGCUCGUACGCCUAGCCAAGGAUAGAGACGGCUCGCAGUUGGCUGUCUUUCCAGAGGCAUUUAUCGGUGGCUAUCCCAAGCACUCCACCUUCGGUGCUGUAGUAGGCGAGCGCUCUCCCGAAGGCCGAGACGAAUACGUGCGAUACCACGCUGCAGCCAUCGAAGUACCUGGGUUAGCUGUCACUCGCAUCGAGAGUAUCAGUCGAGAGACGGGUGUCUUUCUCGUCGUUGGGGUCAUCGAACGCGACGGAGGGACGCUGUACUGCACUGCGAUCUUCGUCGAUCCUCAACAAGGAUACUUGUCGAAGCACCGGAAGCUGGUUCCCACAGCUUGUGAGAGACUCAUCUGGGGCCAAGGUGAUGGCACGACCUUGCCCGUGGUCGAGAAGGCCUUCCCCAGCGGCGAGAAGGGCGAAGUUACCGCAAAGAUAUCGGCCACCAUUUGCUGGGAGAACUACGUUCCCUUGCUCAGGCAGUAUUACUACAAUCAAGGCGUGUCUAUCUACACCGCGCCCACCGUUGAUGCAAGGCCCGUGUGGCAGAACACGAUGGUCCACAUUGCUCUAGAAGGGCGGUGCUUCGUCCUCUCCGCCAACCAGUUUGCUCAAGAGAGGCAUUACCCGUCCGACCACGCUGUCCGCAAUGCGGACCAGCGGCAUGAGGACAAUGUCAUGAUUGCGGGCGGUAGCAUGAUCGUCAACCCUCUGGGUGAAAUUCUGGCUGGACCGCUGCGCGGCGAGGAGGGUGUAUUGACCGCCACCCUUGACUUGAAUGAUUGUGUUCGGGGCAAAUUCGACCUAGAUGUGGCUGGUCACUAUGCUAGGCCUGACGUCUUCAAGUUCACCGCCAACACGUCGGGAUGAGGCGGCGGGGGAAGGCAACGGAGGCUCGGGCCUAUCGCACACAUGGCCAGGCAUGUGUUGACACAUGUCAUGGAGCUGUGUUCGAAUAGGCAGGCCAUGUCCUCUUUACGGUUAUGCCUUUGUACCCUUCGGAAUUAACAAACAUCUGUUCGCUUCAAAGAGACACAAAGCGG